CCACCAACUCCAAUUCCUCAGCAGCAAAAUUGACCCCUCCCCCCAACCAAGUCUUCCUCUUCUUCCCAUUUAUACAUAUAAACACACCUGCCUCACAAGAAUCGAUCCUCCAUCAAUUAGUCUCCUCUUCUCGAUCAACGAAAAUGUUGAUGCUAGUUAACUGCUCCAACUGCCACACGCCGCUCCAGCUGCCGCCCGGCGCCUCCUCCAUCCGCUGCGCCAUCUGCCAGGCCAUCACCCGCAUAGCCGACCCUCGUGCUGGUCCACCCGCCCCUCCCCCAUCCUAUCACCCCGCCACUUCCUCUUCUUUCAACGGGUACAACAACUACUACCCUCCUCCGUCGCCGUACAACCACGCUCCGAGCGGUCCGCCUCAGUCGGCCCACGGGCGGAAGAAGGCGGUGAUCGUGGGGAUCUCGUAUAAGUUCUCGAGGCAUGAGCUCAAGGGAUGUAUUAAUGAUGCCAAGUGCAUGAAGUAUAUGCUCCUCAACCGGUUUAAGUUCCCUGAGUCCUCAAUUCUGAUGCUAACUGAAGAGGAAACUGAUCCGUACAGAAUUCCAACAAAACACAAUAUUAGGAUGGCGAUGUUUUGGCUUGUUCAAGGUUGUCAGGCGGGGGACUCACUGGUGUUUCAUUAUUCUGGCCAUGGUUCACAACAGAGGAACUACACAGGAGACGAAGUUGAUGGAUUCGAUGAAACAUUAUGCCCAUUGGACUUUGAGACGCAGGGAAUGAUUGUUGAUAAUGAAAUUAACGCAACACUUGUGAGGCCUCUUCCCCCUGGUGUCAAGCUUCAUGCAAUCAUAGAUGCAUGUCACAGUGGGACAGUGCUAGAUUUACCGUUUCUUUGUAGAAUGGACAGAACCGGGCGAUAUGCAUGGGAAGACCAUCGUCCUCGAACAGGCACGUGGAAAGGCACAAGUGGGGGAGAAGCCAUAUCGUUCAGUGGUUGUGAUGACGAUCAAACCUCUGCUGAUACAGCUGCUCUAUCUAAGGUGACUUCAACAGGCGCAAUGACCUUUGCUUUCAUCCAAGCCAUAGAGAAAGGACAAGCAACUACUUAUGGGAGUAUGUUAACUGCAAUGAGAUCUACCAUCCGCAGGACUGACGAAGAUCUAGGAGGGUCAGGGGGUGUUGUUACAACACUUCUCACGAUGCUUUUGACUGGGGGAAGUGGUGUUGGGCUGAGACAGGAGCCACAGCUAAGUGCUAAUGAACCAUUUGAUGUCUACGCAAAGCCGUUUUCACUGUGAGUUGUACGCAGAGGCGCCCUUUGCUACAAGUGAAUUACAUGAUGGCCAAACUUUUUGUUCAUAGCAUCUGGCGUUGUGUAAAGCCCUCGACCUAUUAUUGUUAUUUCUUUGUUACUUUAUUCAUUGGAAACUUGCAGGCCUUGCAAGGCUAUUAUAUUCGUGUAUAACUGAAACGGCCUACUCUUUUAGUUUUUGCUUUAGUUGUGUUUGAGUGAGUUUAUAGCUUUUUAAAAUACCUUAUGAUAUUCUUUUCACAAAUCGAGUUUCACUUAAUUAAAUCAGUCACAAAGCAGCUCCGGCACCUAUUAAUUUUGCACCUUCUAACAUCUCGUCUUCAGGACUCUCCUCACGCUUUUUCAUUCACGAUUUUCUCUUCUCUUCUUCGUCGAUUCUUUUCCUCGUUCCUUUUUUCUUGGGCAUCUCAUACGGAAUAGUUGAUUAGAUCUACAAAUUGAAAGACCUCGUUGCAUAACCAACUAGAAGGCCAUGCAACAUGACAUCAUAAUAAUCAUUUGUUAGAAAGCCGCUCAAUAUGGUCAUCUGAAAUCACUGCCCAAACAAGGUCUGGCAUCAUCCAUUCGGGAGGUAAUUCCCUCCUACUGUGAAGAAGCCAGUGUGUGUAUUCAUUAGAGAUUCUAUCCAGUAUCCCCUCAAAGUCAGGUGGAGCGCUUUCCGCAUCCGACCUAGUUGAAGAGGUACUUGACAGACUCUCUAAGGAUACACUAUCACUACGGGAUAACAUAAAUUCUAGAUCAGCUGCACUUGAUACUCCAUAGAGUAUCAGUUCAUUUUUCUUAUUCAUCUUUUUCUAUUUUUCAGAAUAGCUCUGCUCCCCCCC